GUGCCAAUGCUAGUGUUCAAUAAAGGUAAUUUUGGCUUUGAGAGUUGAGAAAUGAAUGUCGAAAAUGGUUUGAGUUUCCAAUAAGCAUCUGUUCAUAAACACUCAUCUCGACAACCAUGGACUCCGACGCUGCCAAGCUCUCAAUCUUCUUCUUUCCCUUCGUCGGCGGCGGCCACUUGAUCCCCAUGAUAGACCUCGCCCGCCUCUUCUCCACCCACGGCGUCAAAUCCACCAUCCUCGCCAUCCCCAACGACGCCGCCGUCUUCCACAACUCCAUCAACCGCGACCGAACCCUCGGCCUUGACAUCCACCUCCACACCCUCCAACUCCCCUCAGCCCUCCCCGACCAACCCCCACACGCCGUCACCGCCGCCGACAUGUCCGCCCCGCCCUUCACCGACACCUCCAUCCUCCAACAGCCCCUCGUCGACAUCCUCCGCCGUUGCCGUCCCGACUGCGUCGUUACCGACACGUUUCACCGCUGGGCGGCUGACGCCGUUGAUGGGGUAGGGAUACCGAGGGUUAUAUUUAACGGGAAUUGCUGCUUUGCGAGAUGUUGUGAGGAUAGCGUUAAACGUGAUUGGCCGCAUGAGAAGGUCGGGUCCGAUUCGGAGCCAUUUGCGUUGGAGGGUUUGCCCGAUCGGAUUGAAUUGACGAGGUCUCAGCUUCCGGUUUUUGUUCGGACGAGAACUGAAUUUCCAGGUAAGAGCAUGAGAGCAGAGCAGAACAGUUUUGGGCAAGUGGUGAAUAGCUUCUUCGAGUUGGAACCAGCUUAUGUCGAAUACUACAGAAACCAAAUGGGUAAAAAGGCAUGGCUUAUUGGCCCAGUUUCUCUUUGCAAUAGGAAUGUCGCAGAUAAAGCUGAAAGAGGCCAAAAAGCCGCCGUUGACGAACGCAGCUGCUUGAAUUGGCUCAAUUCCAAGAAACCCAAUUCUGUUAUUUUCGUGAGUUUUGGGAGCUUAGCUCACAUGCACCCCACACAGCUUAUCGAACUUGCACACGGUCUCGAGGCUUCCAGUUGCUUUUUCAUAUGGGCAGUGAGAAAAAUUCUUGAAUCCGAAAAUGGGGAGAAUUGGCUGCCUGAUGGGUUUGAACAGAGGAUGAUUGAGAGCAACAGAGGGCUCAUAAUUAAGGGAUGGGCACCGCAGUUGCUGAUAUUGGAACACGUGGCGGUUGGAGGAUUCAUGACGCACUGUGGAUGGAAUUCGACGUUGGAGAGCGUGUGUGCAGGUGUGAAAAUGAUCACGUGGCCUUUGUCUGCAGAGCAGUUUUAUAAUGAGAAGUUGGUAACGGAUGUGCUGAAGAUCGGGGUUAGGGUUGGGAGCGUGGAGUGGGCGUCGUGGAACAUGGAGAGGAAGAUGGUGGUGGGGAGGGACAAGGUGGAGGGGGCGGUGAAGAAGUUGAUGGGUGGCGGCGAGGAGGCAGAGAUGAUGACGAGGAGGGCGAAGGAGUUGGCGGAGAAGGCAAAGAGUGCGGUGGGGGAAGGUGGGUCGUCCUGGAAUGAUGUUGAGGCUUUGAUUGGGGAGCUUAAAUCUUGCUGGAAACAGAAAUAGGUACCGCAGUUGAGAGAAUUUGUAGGGGGUGGAUACGGAUUGUGGAUUCGCUAUGAGAGUAAAAACUUACGGGAGCCCAUUGCUUAUGUGAUUAGUGUAGAUUCAUCAGUGUAUAAUGCUUAUGUGUUCUCCCUAUCAUUUUUUCUUGUGGAUUGAAGUUUCUCUUGCUGAGAAAUUGAGGACUGGUUAUUACACCCAUAUUAGGGUGAAAAAAUGUCUCUCUGAGUGUUUGAUAUGCGUAUGAGGUUCAUUCACCUUGCCCAAA